AUUAUCUGUGGUUUUAUGUUGCGUAAACACAAGCCACGAAAUAAGUGACCGCUGUUGUUGCCUUUCUGCUGAAGCACUUAGAGAGAUAUUCGAGUAUACGUUAUACUAGGAUUAACAAUCUGUUCACUCGAGUAGAACUACUAGAGGACAGCAAUUUCAUCUGAAACAGUUUGAGAUUUUGUUUUAGUAUAGCAUUUACAACUUGUAACUCAACAAUGCUGGGACGUGUUUUUCUAUCAAAAGCCACGUAUGCUAAGGUAAGAUGUUUCGGAACACAAAGUGCUAAUUAUGCAAAGCCACGCACCGCUAUCGUUAUGCUCAAUAUGGGAGGACCACAGAAUACGGACCAAGUUCACGAUUAUUUGCAUAGAAUUAUGACAGAUAGAGACAUGAUUCAAUUGCCAGUUCAAAGUAAACUCGGCCCAUGGAUCGCAAAACGACGUACUCCAGAAGUACAGAAAAAGUACUCUGAAAUCGGUGGAGGAUCACCAAUUCUAAAAUGGACAAAUCUACAGGGAGAACUGCUGUGUAAGAAGUUGGACAAUUUGUCACCGGAAACGGCCCCGCAUAAGCAUUACGUUGCGUUCCGUUAUGUAACUCCGCUGACAGAGGAUGCUUUGCAUCAAGUGGAACAGGACCAACCGGAACGGGUGGUGCUUUUUUCUCAAUAUCCACAGUACAGCUGUGCUACGUCCGGUUCAAGUUUCAAUGCAAUUUUCACGCAUUACAAGGCAAACAAAAAUGGUCUCUCUAAUGCUAAGUGGAGUAUUAUUGAUCGUUGGGGAACUCAUCCGCUGUUGGCAGAAACAUUUGCCGAUAAUAUUCGGCAAGAACUAGCGAAAUUUCCUAAAGAGAAGCAGAAAGACGUUAUAUUGCUUUUCUCGGCGCAUUCACUGCCACUAAAGGCGGUCAACCGUGGGGACUCGUAUCCCUCGGAAAUCGGAGCCACGGUGCAAAAUGUUAUGGAAGCGCUGAACUUCUGCAACCCAUACUGUUUGGUCUGGCAGUCGAAGGUAGGUCCACUGCCAUGGUUAGAGCCCUUCACUGAGAAUGCCAUCAAAGGUUACAUCAAGCAGGGCAAGAAAAAUUUCAUCCUAGUGCCUAUUGCCUUUGUAAACGAACACAUUGAAACGCUGCACGAGUUAGACAUCGAGUACUGUCAGGAGCUUGCCCACGAGGUUGGGGCUGAGAAAAUUGGCAGAGCCGCUGCUCCGAAUGAUCACCCAUUGUUCAUCGAUGCACUGACGGAUAUUGUGCAGAGCCAUUUGCGGCGCGAGCAUUCGGUGAAUCCCAAGUUUCUGUUGCGCUGUCCUGCCUGUGUGAAUGCUAAAUGUUCUUCGAGCAAGCAGUGGUUCCGCGAGUUGUGCAAUUAGGAUCGGUUUAGUAACGAUGUGAUUUUCUGUUUUUCGUUCGGUGGAGGAGAGCAUGGUUCCUUAUGUAUUUUUAGUAACAUAAUUUUUUUUCGUUUAA